GUCACAAACGUCGCGUACCGCCCGAAACGCUCGCAAAUUGGUUGGCUACAAGGCAGCAGCAGCAGCAGCAGCCGUUUUGUAGUGUAAAUUGCAAACGAUUGCCGUCGCGGGAAAUGAAAAUUAAAAAAAUAAAUAAAAAUAAAUAUUUGGUAAUAAAAAAAAAAUAGCACAACUACACAAUGUGCGCGCAGUGAGGGCGCCAAAAGCCUUAAGGGCAUUAAUGAAAACAAAAAAUUUUGCCGAAAUGAAUAUUGGUUGAAAAUAUGACCAAAAAUAUAUUUUUUCUUGUUGAAAUUCUGAAAUGUUUUUAAAAACGCUUGCUUUUAAAAAAUAAAAAAUUAAUAAUUAAUUUUUGCGAGCUGAUUUUUUUUCGCAAAUAUUCUGCUGCACUUUUUGCCAUCUACUUCAAUUUCUGUUAUCGCGCGAGCAACUGUUGCUCGUCGUUGUCGGUAAAACGUUCGUUGUUUAUUGCUGACGCGCGCGCUUUUUCUAUGCCUCUUGGCUCGCUGCUCGGCGUUUUUCGGUAGACAGCAAAUGAAUGAAACCAAACAAUAAAUGUUGAAAACAGCAAAAAACCAAAUCAGCAGUGAAAAAAAAAAAAAACAAAUGACAAAGUGUAGCGAAAUUUGAGAAAAGAAGCAGAUGCUCAUAACGACAACCACAAUAACUAAAAAAAUGCUUCAAUAAGCAUUUGAAAAGCAUCAAGAAGUGCAAGAAACUUUAACUGAAGUUUAAUUUCAUCUUGUACAAAUAAUUGAAACCAUAAAUUUACAAAGUGAAAAAGUGUAAAAAGUGUUAAUGAACAAACAAUAACAACAAUACAGCAGUCAAGAUUGCAACCAUAGAGGGAAAACUACAACAACAACAACAACAUGGAUUGUGAUUAUUCGAAAUUUCUAUAUAAACACGGCAUAGUUGGUCCCGGCACCAUUACGUCGCCGUGGCCACCGAUGGGUGCCGGCCCGCCGGGUGCGCUCGGGCCGGCAGAUACGAAUGGCAGUAUGGUGGAUAGUAAGAAUUUGGAUGUUGGUGAUAUGAGCGAUGAUGAAAAGGAUCUCUCCUCUGCGGACGCGGAAGGUGUUUGGAGUCCGGACAUCGAACAGAGUUUUCAAGAGGCAUUAUCCAUAUAUCCGCCAUGUGGCCGACGAAAAAUUAUACUCUCUGAUGAGGGUAAAAUGUAUGGCCGAAACGAACUCAUCGCACGUUAUAUAAAAUUACGCACAGGCAAGACGAGAACAAGAAAGCAAGUCAGCUCGCACAUACAAGUGCUGGCCAGACGGAAAUUACGUGAAAUUCAGGCGAAAAUCAAAGUUGAACCCAAUGGAAUCGGUGGCAUCAAUGGCCACGCACAUUCGCUACAUUUACUAAGCGAAAAGGAGAAAGCAUUGCAGGCUAUGAGCUGUAUGACUAGCUCACAAAUUGUAUCGGCGCAAGCGGCCAAGAAUCUCGCAUAUGCGGCGGCGGCGGCGUAUUCGGGAGCGCCACCUACGGCGAGACAACAUCCGCCACCACCUCCACCACCAGUAGUAGUAGCCCUACCACCGCCGUCCUCUUCAACGGCCUCGUCGGCGUCAUCAACGGCCUCGGCCAUUGCAGCGGCGGCACAUCUAGUCGGUCCCCAUCUACAUCCACACUCUCAACACUUACAUCAUAACCACCACACGCACCAUCUAAACCACCUAAGUCAACACCAUCACCAUCUCCAACACCAACACCACCACCUUCAUCACCACCCACCAGCCGGCGCACAUCCGCAUGCGUCCACGCAUCCAACGGCGGGCUCCCUAUAUUUGCAGCAACAACAUGCAGCCGCGACGGCGGCAGUGGUGGCAGCUGCGGCGGCAACAACCACAACAUCAGCAGCAGCGGCGGUGGCAUCGGCAUCGGCAUCGGCAUCGUCGGGUUUGCCACAUUCCGCGCAUGCGCAUACGCGUCUCCAUCAUCCACCAAUGUAUCCGGGCCAAUUUUGGCAGCCCGGCUUACAGCCCAGCACCUCACAAGAUUUUUACGAUUACAGCAUUAAGCCAUUCGCACAACCCCCCUAUCCCGCCGGCAAACCAUCGACAGCUGUGUCUGGUGAGAUUGAAGCUGGUCUUCCGCCCGCACAACUGCCGUGGGAGGGUAGAGCGAUUGCGACGCACAAAUUUCGUUUGCUAGAAUUUUCGGCAUUCAUGGAGAUACAAAGAGAGGAAAUCUAUCACCGGCAUUUGUUCGUGCAACUUGGCGGCAAACCGUCCUUCUCCGAUCCGCUACUCGAGACUGUUGACAUCCGACAAAUCUCCGAUAAAUUCCCUGAGAAAUCAGGUGGUCUUAAAGAUCUCUACGAAAAAGGUCCACAAAAUGCCUUCUAUUUGGUUAAAUGUUGGGCAGACUUGAAUACCGGCAGAGAGACGGGUGAUUUUUAUGGCGUUACGAGUCAAUAUGAGAGUAACGAAAAUGUUGUGCUCGUCUGUUCGACGAAAGUCUGUUCGUUUGGCAAACAGGUGGUGGAGAAAGUGGAAACGGAAUACUCACGUUUGGAGAACGGUCGUUUCGUAUAUCGCAUACAUCGGUCGCCGAUGUGCGAAUAUAUGAUCAAUUUUAUACAGAAAUUAAAGGAUCUACCUGAACGUUACAUGAUGAAUAGUGUGCUGGAGAACUUUACAAUAUUACAGGUAAUGCAAGCGCGAGACACACAAGAGACCCUACUCUGCAUAGCAUACGUAUUCGAGGUGGCGGAACAGAAUAGCGGCGCCACACAUCACAUCUAUCGGUUGAUAAAGGAAUAGCAUGAACUGCAACUGCCCA